GACACACAGAGAGAAAUAUGGAAUUUCUGAAACCAAAACAAGUCCUCUAUGUGUUUUUUGAGAUGCAGCAUGACUUAGUAGAUGGAGUCUUGGCCUCAGGUACAGGAAGAUCCGGGCUCAGGUCUUGCCUCUGUCACUUACUAGCUAUGGAAACUGAUGAAGUUAUCAAAUUUCUGAGUACUUUCUAAGAAUUCCCAGCAGAAAAGGUGCUGACCUGAACCGGUACAAGGAGCUCACCUCAUUAGUGAGAUCUCAGGUCUAGUUCCUAUGGGGAGAGGGGAGGUCCUUCUUGUCAGAACCGUCCCAGGAGAAGUCUUGGGUUCCAACUGCCACCCAUCCCCCAUCUCCUUCCUAGACCAGGUGCCAUGUUUCCCAUUUCCUGGAGAGGAGGCCCCAAGUUCAACUGAACAGAAUGCUCUCCAGUCUAUGCCCCGAAUUGGAGCCCGGAAUCCUCGUCCAUCCACACCACCCCCAUCCUCUAAGUAAUGUCAGUGCUCAGGGGCUGAGCGUUCCUGGAGGACACACCAGCAGCUGUUUUCCUCUGGGUAGAGCCUGCCUCUAUCCCCAUCUCCAUCCUCACCUCCAGCCAAAGCAGGAGGACCUCCCUGAGGGAUGCUACACGCAAUAAUUCCAAGGCCUGAUCACAAUCAAUACUUGUGCCAAUAUUGCUGUUUUUCUCAUGUAGUUAGCACACAGAUCCCAAGGAGCGUUUCUAUUGCCCCCAUAGCGUGGAGCUGGUCAGGAAGCCAGACCCCAGCCCCUCUCCCCCAGGCGCCAGCAGCCCCCUACACCCAGCCGCCUCCAUGGCCUCAGGCAGAGCCCAGCGGAGAAGGCCCCACACAGGGAGCCACCCCAGCAGCCCGCCUGCUCAGCAUGGAGCUGACUGAGCUGCUUGUCGUGGUCAUGUUUCUCCUCGGUUCAAGACUCACUCUCACCCUGACCAGCCCUGCUCCCGUCUGUGACCCCAGACUCUUCAACAAGCUGCUCCGAGACUCUGCUGCCUUACACAGCAGACUGAGUCAAUGCUCGGACCUCGGGCCUCUGCCCAUACCUGUCCUGCUGCCCACCGUGGACUUCAGCCUUCGGGAAUGGAGAGCAAAGACGGAGCAGACCAAGGGGCAGGAGGUCCUCGCAGCCUUGACCUCACUGCUGGAAGGCGUGAUUGCGGCCCGAAGACAGCUGAGCCCCAGCUGCCUCUCCUCCCUGCUUGGGCAGCUCUCAGCCCAGACACGCAUGCUCCUCGGAGCUCUGCAAGGCCUCCUGGGAACCCCGUCUCUCCCAAAGGGCCAGACUGCAGCUUACAGAGAACCCACGGCCAUCUUCCUGAGCUUUCAGCAGCUCCUCCGAGGAAAGGUGCGUUUCCUGCUGCAUGCGCUAAGACCCAUCCUCUGCGCCAGGCAGGACCAGCCAGCCACAGCAGCCCCAGACAGUGGCUCUAUGCCCUCUGUCAGGACAGCCUCUGGGCUCAAAGACAAGGCCCUUGCAUCAUUGGAAAGGGCCCCUGGGAGCUCAGCCAGACCUACAGAAGCUCCCAAGGGAGCGUUCAGACCCCUGAACAGAAUUCCUGGAUUGCUGAACCACACAGCCAACCCCCUGGACAAAGACCCUGCACACUUGAACAUGACUCUUGGGCCCUCAAACAGAACCCAUGGCAUCUCUCCUGUACCCUCAGCCAGUACUGUGGGCAAGUCAAACAAGCCCCCUGGAACUCUAGAUGUAACCUUCCAAUCACCCAUUCUCUUGCCCGGACUGAUUACUUCCCCAAGUACUCCUCCUACUGGACACCAUGUGCUCUCUUCUCCCUCCCCCACCCCACCAACCUCCACACCCAGGUCUCUUGUCCCUUCCUCUUCCCCCUCAGCCACAAGCCCAGGAAACUUAGCUUUUUCUACAACCUGCUGCUUUCACUCCCAGAACAUGACCAAGGUCAUGCGGGACAUUCAGGGCCCCGCCACCUCAUCCCCUAGUUAAGUCCCAUAGUCUGAAAAGAAAGGCCUCCCCGGAGCAGGCCGGGAUACCCAGGACACCCACCCAACCUCAGCCUGGUCUAAGCUCCUUAGCCCAGCCCUGCUGACCUCUCAGGAGCCCACAGGCAGGCAACAAGCACCAGGAGGCCUCUCCAGGAUCCUUCCUGGAAGCCUUCUCCUGCCACACAGACGGAAAGGGAACAUUUUUCACUGUUUAAUUUCAGAAAAUAUUUUUUU